AUGAUUGAGGACGACAUAUACCGCGCCUCAUCCCAAUACCGGCUGUGGUCUUACACCGAAUCAUCUCUUCAAUCCCUACGAGCCACCACAAAUGCCGUUGCUAGCGAGCGUGUACGCGCCGCUUUGCGCAGAUCGCGCGAAACCCACCAGUCGACCGCAUCGUCGGCCGGAACACCACAAUCAGAAACCAGCGCGGAAAACAAAAUCAAAGAUGCGAAUGACAUCGAAUGCUUGACGCCGGAGGAGGAACUCGUUCUGGUGCGGUAUUACUGCGAGAAGACACUCGAGCUUGGGGAAACCUACAAGCCGCCAAUGCCAACAAUGGUCCGAGCAACCGCUAUCCAAUACCUCCGUCGCUUCUACUUGACCAAUUCACCCAUGACAUACCACCCGAAAUCCAUCAUGGCGUGUGCGCUCUUCGUCGCGACCAAAACCGAUAACUAUUAUAUGUCUCUCCGACAAUUUGCAGAAGGAAUCCCGGGCGAAACAACGGCAGAGGACGUCAUUGCACCCGAGUUCCUGCUCAUGCAAGGCCUCCGCUUCACCUUCGAUGUACGACAUCCGUUCCGUGGACUCGAAGGCGGCGUCAUGGAACUCCAAGCUAUCGCAGAAGGCCAAGGACAACCAGCUCCCCAUCUACCACACGAAACAGCAGAAGAUCUACAACAAGGAUUGCUGUCCAUCGCACCACCUCCCGUCCCCUCGUCAUCAAUGGCCGAUCGAAUCGCUCGAGCCCAUACCAAGACCCGCGAGCUGCUCAAAUCCGCCGCGCAAAUGACAGACGCCUACUUCCUGUACACACCGUCUCAGAUCUGGCUCUCCGCCUUCUUACUGGCAGAUCGUCCUCUAGCCGAGUUCCUGCUCGAUGUUAAACUCGGUGGACCCGUCACAGCCACCAUCCCUCCUCCGGAGAUCGACGAUAACGGUCUCGUGAACCCACUAUACGAGAUUCGGUCUAAACUGCACCGUGUGCUGUCUGAAUGCUCUGCUCUUCUCCAAUCCUACACACCUCUUUCCUCUGACCCCGUGCAAAUGAAGAACCUCAAGCGCAUUGCAAAGAAAUUGUAUCACUGCCAGAACCCGGAGAAAGUCAAUAUCUCUGCUGCUCGGAAACGGGAAUCGGCUCGACCGUCUCCUGCUAUCCAAAGUGAUGCGGGCCCAGUCACAUCCGAGAGUGAAAGCGAACGACUGGCGAAAAAGAGGAAGUUAGAGCAGGAAGAGGCGGCUCGCCAGAGUGACGAUGUCUUUGGUGGUGAGCUUGUUACUCAGAGGACUAAACACUGA